AUGAACUCAGCAGAUAUCAACCAGCCAGCAGGGAAGCAGAAUAACAUAGCAGCAGAAAAAGAGCUUCAGUGGAAAUCCCCCUUCUACUUCGUUCAGGGAGCAGAUCCACAAUUUGGACUGAUGAAAGCCUGGUCAGUUGGUGACUGUGAGAACGGUGGUGAUGAAUGGGAAGAGGAGAUGAAAUUAACCCAGCAAGCUGUAGAAGCUAUUAACAAGCUCAACCCCAAGCCUAAAUUCUUUGUUCUGUGUGGUGACCUCAUACAUGCUAUGCCUGGAACUCAAUGGCGGUCAAAUCAAAUAAAAGAUUUAAAGGAAAUUCUUAAAGACAUCGACAAAGAAAUCCCAUUGGUAUUUGUCAGUGGAAACCAUGAUCUUGGUAAUGUUCCUACAUCAGAAACUAUAGCUGAAUAUUGCCAGACUUGGGGAGAUGAUUAUUUCAGCUUUUGGGUUGGAGGAGUAUUAUUUCUUGUCCUGAAUUCACAGUUAUUUGCCGAUUCCUCUAAAUGCUCCAACUUGAAACAAGCCCAAGACCAAUGGCUUGACAUUCAGCUAGCUAUAGCAAAACAAAAGAUGUGCAAGCAUGCCAUUGUAUUUCAGCACAUCCCUCUUUUCCUCAAAAAUGUCAGUGAAGAAGAUGAUUACUUCAACCUAAGUAAACCAGUACGUCAGGAAUUAGUGGACAAGUUCACCAAGGCAGGCAUUAAAGCUGUAUUCUCUGGACACUACCAUAGGAAUGCUGGUGGAUUCUGCAAGGACCUCGACAUGGUGGUAUCUUCUGCAAUAGGAUGCCAAUUAGGUGAAGAUACCCACGGACUCCGAGUUGUGGUGGUCACAGCUGAGAAAAUUGUUCAUCGCUACUACAGCUUAAAUAAACUAAGUAAUGAGGGAAUAGAGAAAGAGCUGAUGGAUAUGAUUAAGAAAGAGUAGCCAUUUUUCUUUAAGUGCCACUUAUUUUUCACUUAGAUUGUUUGAUUUUUUGUUGUUGUUGAACAGCAGCACUUCCACAGAAUACUUAACUGAAAUACAAUUGCUGAGCCAUAGGGAUUUGUGAUUUAGAGAUACAUAUGCAGAAAAGUUAGCUUUGUUCUCUCCUAAAUGAUGUAAUGGAAGAGAGUUCAAGGAAUGAUCACUGUGAUUAGAAUCUUGUUUGCUUGCUUGCUGUUUGAAGAAACUAUCCUGAGGAUGUGUUUCUUAACUCCUUUACAGUAGCAUAUUAUCAAGGAUUCACCUUAAUUCUGACCAGGUCCAGGUCUGAUCCUUGAGAACAUCUGAUUCAAACUGCCACUAUAUAGUUUACACAGAUCAGACCUUGAAUAUGUUUGCCUUGAAGUUAGGAAAGCUAUAUUUUUUGAUGUGAAUUGACUUGUACAUAAAAGAGGCAUCAGGAAAAAGUGGAUGAGAAACUCCCUUGCAAAAGCACUUAGCAGCUGUGUGGAAUGGAAUUCUGGGGAGGCUUGUACCCCCAGAAUCACUCUAAUGAGC